UCCCUAAAUUGGUUCCCUGGAGUCCUAACCGACUGCAGUGAGAUCCGUCAUGGCGCAACAGGUGACGGCCUCAACAUCCUCUGCAAGUGCAAACACCGUGACUCUUCAAUACCCUGCCCCUCCUCUCCAACAACAACAGCCGCCACAGACACUGGUUCUCCGGCUGAACCGGAAGAAGAAGGUGUCAUGGAAGGAGGGUACAGUGGACAACGAAUUCAUGCAGAAGAAAAGCUCCAAGAUUUGCUGUAUCUUCCACAAGCAGAAGCCCUUCGACGAGGACGACAGUGACGAUGAACACGAUCAUGAUCAUGAUCACGGUCACAUUCAUGAUCUCGAUCACGAUCACGAUCACGAUCACAACAACCAUCAAUCCGACUCCCAGUCUUCGUCCAACGACGGCUGACAUCUUGAUUGUCUAGCAACCCUUAAUAUUUUGGUUUUUCUGACUCUUGUACUGAGUUGCUUUUCGCUCCCUUCAACCUGAUACUUAAGAGGCCUUUCAUGCUUUCACUAGCCAUGCUUUUGUUUCAUGCUGAAGAGAAUGAAGGUUUGCUUGUGUACUUUGAUGACAAGAUCAAUUUUUGACCACCUGAAUUUGAAUUGCUGGCGUGCUCGUUGGUUGGAGUUGGACAUUGAACUAGUAAGUUCAAGCUUAGCCCCUUUCAUUACAUGGCUGUGGUGAACAUCGUUUUACCAUCUAAUUUGUGCCAUCACUUAAUGGCAGCAUGUUGUCAUGUCUAGAGGUGACGUACACUAUCAACGAAUUCUUUUAUGGAGAAAGAAGUAGAUAAGUUAGAAGAUGUAUGCAUAUUUGGACUGCGAAUGGAGCUAAAUACAUCUAUAGUGUUUUUAUCAUUAUACUUUUAUUCCUUUUGAAUGACAUAUAAUUCUGGGAAAACAA